UACUUUUCUCCUGCGCAACAUUUCUCAACUAUACUCCGACCAUCCAUCGUUUUUAAAGCAACAGGCUGCAUCACCGAUGAGGAGGAGCAGUGCCACCUGUAACUGUGCCAACCGCCGAGGAUGAAGAAGCAAAACGUCCGGACCCUGUCGCUCAUCCUCUGCAUGUUCUCCUACCUGCUGGUCGGCGCCGCGGUGUUCGACGCGCUGGAGUCCGAGUCGGAGAGCUCCCGGCGGCGAAUCCUGGAGCAGAAGCGCAGCGAGAUGAAGAAGAAGUACCGCUUCUCCGAGGACGACUACCGCGAAAUCGAGCGAGUGGUGCUGCAAGCCGAGCCCCACCGAGCCGGCAGGCAGUGGAAAUUCGCUGGCUCUUUUUACUUUGCCAUAACAGUCAUCACCACCAUCGGUUAUGGACAUGCAGCACCAGGCACAGAUGCAGGAAAGGUCUUCUGCAUGUUCUACGCCGUGCUGGGCAUUCCUCUCACUCUGGUCAUGUUCCAGAGUCUGGGAGAGAGGAUGAACACAUUCGUCCGCUACCUCCUCCACAAGACCAAGCAGUGCAUAGGCUUCCAACGCACCGAGGUGUCCAUGGAGAACAUGGUCCUGGUGGGCUUCCUGUCCUGCAUCGGAACUCUGUGUGUGGGAGCUGCAGCGUUCUCCCACUUUGAGGGAUGGAGCUUCUUCCAUGCGUACUACUACUGCUUCAUCACGCUCACCACCAUUGGCUUCGGGGACUUUGUGGCCCUUCAGAAAAAGGAGGACCUCCAGGAGAAAACACCUUACGUGGCGUUCAGCUUCCUGUACAUCCUGGUGGGGCUGACCGUCAUUGGGGCCUUCCUCAAUCUGGUGGUGCUUCGCUUCCUCACCAUGAACACUGAGGAUGAGCGGAGAGACGCUCAGGAGAGGGCAUCGCUGAAGAGGGACAGAGGCCUUUUGGAGGGGGCCGUGAGCCUCCAUGUUGUGGGUGAACAGAGCAGAGGCAGCCACAGGGGGAGGAACAGGAGCAACGCAGUGCACAGCCGCAGCCACAGUACGCUCUUCCUCCCCAUGGAGGAAGGAACCAGCCGCACCAACCUCAUCGCUUUCCCAGCAGAGGAUCAGGAGAGGCGAAGAAGCCCCUGCAGACACAGGCUACAUUUUCAGAUCAAGGCGGGAAGACUCAGGCCGGAGUCGAGCCUCAGCUCCCUCUGCUCCUGUGUGUGCUACCGCUUAGGGGUCUGCGAUAGUCCUCUCAUGACCCACAGUGAACACCACAGCUGCCAUAUCAAUUCUGUUUAUUACAACUCAGUGUCCUAUAGGAUCCAGGGCUGCUCGCCAGGUUCCAGGGACAACACCGGACUCUCCUCCCCAGGAAGCACGCUCUCACCCGGGCACAGCUUCCGGGAGUUCCCUCACUCAAGGAGAAGGUCGGUGUGAAGAGCACCACAGUGAGGGAAAGUGUUUGCACUGAGUGUAAACAGUAUUUUGGAUGACUCUGUAUUUUGUGUGACCUCUUUUGUGCAUGUGAGAACACAAUGAUUCUGUCAACUGAAUAGAUUCUGUUGUGGCUAUGUUGAAAUUUUAAUUUGAAAAGCACAUGAGAUUACUUUUCUUAUACCAUGCCAUUACUUCUGUUAGUGGUUCUGCUGUUUUCCUUGCAUGUUAGCCAAAGUGCAGUGCAUGCUAAAAAUGAAUGUAUAGCACACAAUGUGGAUGCAUGAGUGAAGAUGUAAAAGUUUGGGCUUUUAAUCUACACUUUUAGCAGCAGUAUUUUGAACGUAGUGCUCAUUCAUAGCCGUUCAGUGAAGGUAUGUGGUCUCUGCUCCUCUAAAACAUUUUCAUGCCGCAGCUAAAAAGAUGUCAUUCUACCUUUUUAUUAAAAAGCCUUAAAGAACUUUAAAAAACCACAUGAGAUGUGGCUUCUUAGCUCAGUGAAUUUAAUAAGUCCUUUCUUAUCAUUGGGGAGGGACAGAGCAACUUUUCAGUGCAUCGCUCAGCACUAUAAAGAGAUUACGCUUGUUUCAUGACUGAUUCAAAUUCACUGGAUGUAGCACACAACUGAUAUGUAGCAGGGUUAUGAACGAACUUCCCACACUCCCAGAGAAGUUGUCGUUUUCUAGGGAGUUGUUUUUUUCUUUUGUAGAUUUGGUUUGUAGUCAGAUUCGAUGUGAGUCUUAUUGUUCUAUUAAACCAAAGGAAAGGAGCAGUGAAUGUGUGAGUGUAUUUAUUUCAUUAGGAGGUG